AUGCCAUCCAGACUGAGGAAGACCCAGAAACUCCCUGGCCACGUGAGCCACGGCCAUGGCCGCAUCGGUAAACAUCGCAAGCAUCCAGGAGGACGCGGGAACGCUGGAGGCGUGCAUCAUCAUAGGAUCAACUUCGACAAAUAUCAUCCAGGUUGCUUCGGGAAAGUUGGUAUGAGGCAUUACCACUUAAAGAGGAACCAGAGCUUCUGCCCGACUGUCAAUCUGGAUAAUCUGUGGACGCUGCUCAGUGAGCAGACCCGGGUUAACGCUGCCAAGAACAAGACUGGAGUUGCUCCCAUCAUUGACGUCGUGCGAUCGGGCUACUGCAAAGUUCUGGGCAAGGGAAAGCUCCCUAAGCAGCCUGUCAUCAGGAAAGCCAAAUUUUUCAGCAGAAGAGCUGAAGAGAAGAUAAAGGGUGUUGGAGGUGCCUGUCAUGAGACCCAGAACUUCCUGCCCCAGAUGACCCCAACAGCCUCCCUGCACUGGUCCAGAGGUGAGCGUUACUCGGCAUCGGGCUCUCGGGGCGAAUCCUCCGUCAUCGCCGCCGUCGGGGCCUCGGGGGAACCGGCAUUGCGGCCCCAGGGCUCUGAGGUACCAGGACAAUGGGUCCUCGCCACAGGCGGCCGCUCUCCGUGCGGAGGGGCUCGGCGGCGCACCCGACCCGGGCUUCGGCAGGCCGCGGAGCAGCGUGCGGGGCUGGCGUGGGGUGAGGGCGCCCGAGGCUGGGCCUGGCCCCCACAGUGA